ACUGUCAUCAUUCAUACAUUCAUUCAUAUACUUUUGUUUUUUAUUAAAGCAAGAGCAUAUUCAUUCAUAUACAUAUGUAAGUGAGGUUGUGGAGACCUCUGUUGGACAUCUUGAAGAGAUUUGUUUUCUAUCUCAUAGCUUACAAUCGUUUUCUAACAUUCAGUUUCGUUAUUAAAUAUUUUCGAGCCGCAGAUAUUAUGCCUGGAUAUCCACAUAACUGACGUGCAUUUUAUUAUUGUAUGUGUCAUUGGUGGUCUGCGAAUAAAAAGAAAAUGCUUUUGAAUUUUUGUGACCCUCGCUUACGUCCAGAGAUCAAAUGCAGUACCAUCAGCACAGAAGGAUACGAGGUGACGAAUUUGAUAAAUGAUUCUUGCAAAGGAUUUCUGGCAUAUUCCUGCAUUAAACCACCAGUUCAUAUAGACAUCACAUUUCUUUGUAACAUCAGGAUAAAUCAUAUAUUGAUUUGGCCAUCUGUGGGAUCGCAGAAAUCAUCAGGCUUUCAACUUUAUUGUAAAAAUACCAAUGAUUGCAAUACCCCUUAUACUUUAUUGUCCAGUGGAUUUCUGAGUCCCUCCGAUGCUGGAUUGUUGUUUUAUCCGAGUGACAUUAAGCCUGAAAAAAUCCCUGCACCAGCAAAUUUUUUAAAACGUUAUAUUAAAGUCUGGAUAGGACACUUAACUUCAUAUGCUCAUGUUUUACGAAUAACAAUAUGUAAAACGGAGAAGUCAGUACCAGCGUUAGGAAAGAUUGAAGUUUGGGGAACAGUAUCACCUCGUUGUGGAAAAGACAUUGUCGCAAAUGUAUAUACUUUAUGGUCCAAACAUGAAGCUGUAUUGUCAUUGUCUACAACUGAAUAUAAAACAGAGAUUACCUCUGCAAAGACUACUGACAACAGACAAGAGGGUAAAACAAAGCUCGAAAUUCCUGAGAGUUUCAAAGAUCCUAUUACAUUGGAGUUAAUGACUCAGCCGAUUACAUUACCUAGUGGCAAUGUGAUAGAUCAGGCUACAUUAGAAAAAUAUGGACGAAAUGAAGCAAUUUGGGGUAGACCAUUAUCAGAUCCAUUCACUGGCAUUGUAUUUAAUGAACAUCGUAAGCCAAUCAUGGCAACUGCAUUGAAGUCGAGGAUUGAUAAAUUUUUGUUGGACAAUAGCAAUUUGAAUGAAAUAAAGAGUAUACCAAGAGUCUUAGGUCAUGCUUCAAAUUCAGCUAUAGCAGGAGAUAGAAGGAUAAUUGAAGUACCAAAGUGUGUGUUAAAUAAAAAUUUAUUAAAGAGAACUGUCGAAGAUGCUAAAUUAGAAGCAUGCAAGCAAACAAUGGAUGAUUAUUUACAACAGACAAAGAGGUAUUGCCAUAAAUUGCCAACAAUUGUUGUGUGUUCCAAACAAUCCACUGCCAAUGCUAGAGAGAGAUCAGAACAAGUGACAAAAAUUUCAAAUUCCUCUAAAUUAGUUUAUAAUAAUACUCAUAAUCAUAUUAGAGAUAAUAAAUCAGAAAAUCUGAUAGCUAAUGUCGACAGUUCCUUAGAUGGGAAUGUAAAGAGUCUAUUGUUAAACAUUAAACGCUUCAAUGCACCAGAAAAAGUGGAAUUACAUAAUAUAUCUAGUGAGUGUAAAUGUUGUAAUAAUAGUAUUCUUUAUAAGCUUCCCUGUAAACAUGUGAUAUGUAGAAAAGUAUUAUUAUCUAUUGAGAAUAGUCAGUGUAAAUCUUGUGGACUUUUUUAUAAAUUGAGCGAUAUUGAACGAAUCCAUAACAGUAUUUUAAAUAGAUAGCAAUAAGAUUAUAAAAUAUAUUAUCAAUAAGAGAAUAUUUUAGUUCUUAUUGAUAUAACUCGAGCUUUUUCACAUUUAUUUGCCAAAUCUAUGUAAGGACAGUAUGCAAAAUAUAUUAUUGUAAUACACUGAAUCAUUAGAGAUCAAUAUUACAUCAUUUAUGACAAUUCUAAUAUUAAGAUUGCUCACAAUAUUUUGGCACGUAUAAUAUAAUUCACAUUCAUAUAAAGUUGACAAUUAUAUGUGUAAAUAA